GCCAAAUUUAUAAUAAUUUGAGGUUAUUUAGAAAUGGCGCAGCGUUCUAUAACAUCAUUUUUUAAAAGAACCACAACUUCGGAGGAUAAAAAUGACUCAAGCAGUCAAAAGAAAAAUGACAGACUCGAUGAUUCAACUGAAGAUUGCGGAAAAAGAAAGAGGAAUAGUGAUGUCAAUACCAGUAAUUCUGAAUCUCCACCUGCUAAAAAGCCGGACACCAAAACUACAAAACCCAGAGCGCGAAAACCCAAAGCAUCUCCAAAAUUAACAAAUAAAUCUAAAAGUAAAGAGACGUUGAAUAAAUUGUCAUUCGCCAAAGAAACCCCUAAAAAAAUUUCUACUGAUGAAAAUUCAUCAAAUGGAAUUUCUAAAAAAAAAUUAAAUGGAAGCGAUACAAAAGAAUCAGCUAAAAAACGUUCACGAGCUUUGAUGUCUGACUUAAGUGAUGACGAGGGUCAUUUGCCGUUACCUGUUACGCCAGAGAAGUCUAAAAAAGUUGACGGUGAUGAAGUAUCUGAAAAUCCAUCAUCUCCAGAUAAAUCUAAAGACAAUGAAAAGUCUCCAGAAAAAUCCAAUGGUAAAAAAUCUCCAAUAAAAACUGAAGAUUUAAAAAAUUCUCCAGAAAAAUCUAAAGAAAAAUCUGAUGAUACAGAAAGCCCUCAAGAGUCUUCUGACGAAGAAAAACCGAAUGCAAAACUUCAAAGAUCGCGAUUAAGAAUAGUUGAUACUGAUUCUGAAUCUGAAGAAGAAUCAUUACCAGUUGACAAGACACCUACAAAAGACAUCCGCAAUUUCUUUUCAAAGCCAGCGAAGAAAAAUCCUACUAAGGUUGAAAAAUCAAAGAGCAAUUUAUUCAGCAAGCAGGAUAAAAAUUCCCAGGACAGUAAAUCUGAGCAACACAAUACCCCUGACUCCUAUAAUCCUCUAAUGGACAAAUAUCACCCGAUUUUAAAUGCCUGCUGGACCAAAGGACAGAAGACUCCAUACAUAGCCCUGACCCGUACCCUUGAACUGAUUGAGCAAACGAGCUCGCGGCUGAAGAUCGUUGAAAUUUUAUCAAAUUACUUGAGGUCAGUUAUUGUUUUGUCACCUGAAGAUUUAUUACCCAGCAUUUACUUGUGUCUCAAUCAAUUGGCGCCAGCCUACGAAGGUCUCGAACUAGGAGUCGCUGAGACAACGUUAAUAAAAGCUAUUGCGCAGUGCACUGGCCGUACACCAGCGCAAAUAAAAGCAGAUGCACAAGAAGCCGGUGAUUUGGGAAUCGUCGCUGAAGGCAGUCGGUCCAAUCAGCGGGUGAUGUUCCAACCUGCGGCACUCACUGUAGGAACUGUCUAUGCAAAGUUGAAAGAAAUCGCUCAAUCAACAGGAACUGCCUCGGUAGGAAAAAAAGUUGAUCGUAUUCAGUCUCUGUUCGUCGCUUGUCGGUUCACGGAAGCUCGUUACCUCAUCAGAUCACUUGCUGGUAAACUUAGGAUCGGUUUAGCUGAGCAGUCAGUCCUGCAAGCGCUCGCUCUUGCUUGCGCGAUGACUCCGCCUAAUCAGGAGUACCCGCCGGAGAUUCUAGACGGCAGUAAAAAAAUGUCCAGUGAUGAGUUCAAGAAAAAGUACGACGCGAUUGCGUUGAUUAUCAAGACAACGUACUGCGAGUGUCCCAAUUAUGGAAUGAUUAUUCCGGUAUUAUUGAAAGAUGGUGUCGAAGCAUUGCCGGAUAAAUGUAAGCUAACACCGGGAGUCCCAUUGAAACCGAUGCUGGCUCAUCCAACGAAAGGUGUCCAGGAAGUACUGAAACGUUUUGACGGUUUGAAAUUCACUUGCGAGUGGAAAUAUGACGGAGAGAGAGCGCAAAUUCAUAUAUCUGAUGAUGGGAAGGCUUACAUUUUCAGUCGCAACCAGGAAAAUAAUACAUCUAAGUACCCAGAUAUCAUUGGACGGCUGAGUAACACUCGUGGUGAUGACGUCAAAAGUUGUAUUUUAGAUUGCGAAGCUGUUGCUUGGGAUCGGGAGAACAAACAAAUUUUGCCGUUUCAAAUUUUAAGUACGAGAAAACGUAAAGAUGCUAAUGAGGCGGACAUAAAGGUCCAGGUUUGUGUAUUUAUGUUCGAUUUGUUGUAUUUCAAUGGCGAGCCUUUGGUGAAAAAACCCUUUGCCAAACGACGUGAGCUGCUGAAGAAAAAUUUUAAAGAAGUUGAAGGCGAGUGGUAUUUUGCUACAAGUCUUGACACGACGACCAUGGAAGAAGUCCAAGAGUUUUUAGAUGUUUCUGUUAAAGGAAACUGCGAAGGUCUGAUGGUCAAAACUCUGGAGGAAGAUGCUACUUAUGAAAUCGCCAAGAGAUCGAGGAAUUGGUUGAAAUUGAAGAAAGAUUAUCUUGAAGGUAUUGGUGACACGCUGGACUGUGUCGUCAUUGGAGGAUAUAUUGGCAAAGGCAAACGUACUGGUACUUACGGAGGAUUUUUGCUCGCUUGUUAUGAUUCUGAUAAUGAAGAGUAUCAAAGUCUUUGCAAGAUUGGCACUGGAUUUAGUGAAGAAGAUCUCCAAAAACAUACGGCAUUAUUAAAAGAACAUUUAAUUCCUGCACCAAAAUCUUAUUACCGCUAUGACUCGUCUCAUGAACCAGAUCAUUGGUUCGAACCAACCCAAGUCUGGGAAAUAAAGUGCGCUGAUUUAUCAUUAUCACCAGUCCAUCGAGCCGCAGCUGGAAUAGUUGAUCCAGUCAAAGGAAUAUCCUUAAGAUUUCCUCGGUUCAUUCGCGUACGCGAUGACAAAAAAGCUGAGGAUGCAUCAUCGGCACAGCAGGUGGCUGAGAUGUACAAGGGUCAAGAGCAGAUAAUUAAUCAACAGCCAUCGAGUUCUGCAUUAAAUGAAGAAGAUUUUUAUUAAUUUAAUAUCAAUCAAUUAACUCUGCAAUUUGAAAGCAAGAUCAUAAUUUUAUCUUUAUUUUUAUAAAUUAAAUGCUAUAUUAUAAAAAUAUUUUUUUAAAUUCCUGUCCAUGUGUUAAUUUUUUAAAUUUAAAUUUGUAAAGAAAAUAGCAUUUAAUUUUUUUGUAAAAAUAAAAUUAACUCUUGCUGUUAUAAAUUUAUUAAAUUUGAAAAUUAAUCUAGUAAUAGAGUUUAAAUUAAAUGAUACUGAAGUUAACCGAUGUCUAACAAUUUUUGAAUUUUUUUUCCAAGCGAUAAAUUAUAAAAAAAAAUAUUUUAAAAAAAUGCACCUGUAGUUUUUUAAAUUUUCUACAUGUGCAUAUUUUUAGUUUUCAUUUUUUCUUAAAAUUAAUUUGUUUAAAGAAAAAUGACCCUGAAGUUAGUAGACAAUUAGUAAUUUUCGGACUUUUUUUAAACAAAUAAAUUACAACAAAAAAAACAAAAACUAAAAUUAUGCACAUGUAGAAAAUGUGAAAAUCUACAGCCGCAUUUUUUUCAAAUAUUUUUUUUUUAUAAUUUAUCGUUUAAAAAAAAAAUCAAAAAAUUAUUAGACGUCAGCCAACCAGCGUCAUAAAAAAAAUUCAAAAAUUAUCAAUUGUCUGUUAACUUCGAAUCAUGGUCAUAAAUUGUAAAGUAAAUGAAUUAAUUCAAAUUCAAAUAUUAAUAUUUAAUUAUUAUUUUUUAAAAAUUUAUAAGUGACAAUAAUAAUAACUAAAAUAUUUGGGCACUAAAGCGCCGCCAUUGUAUGAAUUUGUAAACAAAAAUUUGUCGUUAUGUCAACGUAA